AGCAGCGGUAACAGAUGAGGCGCCUGGUACGAAAUUGGAAUAACCAAUUGUUACUUAAUGCAAGUACUGGACAAUGUCUCGCCGCCAAGUGCGCGAGUGGCCAGCCGGCUAGGACAGAGCCCGUCGAGCCAGAUAAGAAUGGAUUCGGCUCCAAGUACUGCAUGGGCCUGGUAGAGAAAUAUGACUAUGAAAACUAUUUGAGCACCUUGCUGCUGCCGCGGGAACUGCGUCGAGCUGCCUUUGCCCUGCGUGCCUUUAACGUUGAGGUCUCUCGGUCAGUCAGCGGACACCAAAUAGAGCCGCAAAUUGCAAAGCUGCGUCUCAAGUUCUGGUACGAUUCCAUAGACAAAUGCUUCGAGCUGGACUCCCAGCAGUCUUAUGUGAAGGACCAGCCAGUUCUGCGGGAAUUAAAGCACGCCGUAGGGACCCGCAAGCUCAACAAAAUCUAUCUGCGUCGCCUGGUCACGGCCCGCGAGCGUCCUCCCAAUCAGGCGUUCGAAUCGAUGCGGGAACUGGAAGAAUACGCUGAGCAGGCUUUUUCUUCCCUGCUGCAUCUGCUGGUGGAGGUGAGCGGCGCUAAAGACCUGCAAGUCGAUCAUGCUGCCUCCCAUCUGGGCAAGGCUCAGGGCAUAGCCACCCUGUUGAGGGCCAUACCACAUGCGGGACGUCAGCAGGCGGUCUGUGUGCCCCUCGAAGUGCUUGUACGGCACGGGGUCAGUCAGGAGCGCAUAUUGCGCAGCAAGAGUGACGACAAGGGCGUAGAGGAAUGCAUCUUCGAGGUGGCCAGUGCGGCCAAUACACAUCUGAAGCUGGCCCGGCAGCUGCGCGAUCAAGUGCCGCGUCCGGUGCGCAAGAUCUUUCUGUCCGCCGUGGCCACCGAUGGUUACCUGGAGCGACUGCGACGCGCUGAUUUUCUGCUUACCCACAAAGGUUGUGUGGGACGUGACACCAUGCUGCCGGCCCGCCUCUUCUGGAAUAGCCUGUUGAAUCGAUACUGAUUAUACCCCUUAGCCUCUGUCAGGAGUUAGUUAUAGUUUAAAUAAGCCUGAAGCCAAAUUGUUAAACUACCUAAAUUUGCUAUUUUGCAGCAGAAGGAGGUACUAAAAGUUCACAAAAAAGGUUAAUAAUAAAUGAAUGAUUGUGAAAGGAAA